GGUGAAGUGUUGCUAUUCUGUUGGGCUCAACCGCCAGUCUAACCUCGAUCCGAGUUCCACGCCGCUCAGAGCACCCAUUCAGCGCAACCAACAGCAGCUCAUACUGCCUGAUUUCAUUAUCAUUUUAUCAACGACGGAACUCAGCGGGUUUUCGGUCUUCCCGUCAUGCAGCUCGAAAGCCUCCUUCUGACAGUGGCUACGGCGGUCUCAGUCAAAGCUCACACAAUCACUACCGACAACGUCAAUUGCCGCAGUGGCCCAGAAACGACUUUCAGUGUUGUCAGGACAUACGCACUAGGGGCCAGCGUAACAAUAACAUGCCAGACCUCUGGCCAGGACAUUUUCGGCAAUGCCCUCUGGGACAAGACCUCCGACGGCUGCUACGUAUCCGACUACUACGUGCAGGGGGACGAGACGGACACGACCAUCCCACCAUGCCCCGGCCCCAGCGACGGCAUCUCCUUGUACAACGGCCCGAUCAACCGCACCGAGAUCCUCACGCGCGGCCAGUACUGGAUCUCGCGCCACGUGCCUUACUCCAUGGAGGCCGUCUAUCCGGACCCGCAGGGCCGCAACUACCGCACCGACUGCUCAGGCUUCGUGUCUAUGGCGCUACACGCGAACGCACCUGGGUACAACACAGUGAGCCUGCCGGCUAUCUCCGAGGCCAUCGCCUGGGAGGACUUGCGCCCGGGCGACUUUGUGGGCACAUUGGGGGAGGGCACCGCCGGCGCGAAUGGGCACGUCGUGCUGUUUGUCUCGUGGGUUGAUGAGUCUCACACGCAGCACAACGCGCUCGAGUGCCGCGACACGGCGUCCGGUUGUAUCGCGACGAUCCGCCCGGUAGGUUGGAAGAAGGGCAGUGUUGAUGCGAAGCCGUACAGGUAUAUCCGGGUGACGGACUGAGCUGAGAGGUUUCGAGAGAGGACUGGUAGCGUGUCGGAGUGUCGACUGUCGUGGCGGCAGAAAGUGAGAAGUGCGGAGCGAUUCGGACUGUUAGAGGCGAGGAGGCAGACGCUGAGCGCAGAGCCGGCAGAAUUCAAUGUUCUUACAGUCUUGCAUAAUCUUCAUCUGGGUUCCAACACUCUGAGCCCAUACCGAAUUCAAGCCUUUAAAUCAUCCGUCUCACCUCGCUCUCUCACCGGCAACAUCUUCCAGUUCCGCCUCCUGACAAUUUCCACCACCAGGUGAUACUCAACCUCCUCCUGCACCUUAUCUGCAACCUCUUCGGCCGACCCAU